AUGGCUAAUCUCGCUGCUGAACGUUUCCUCGCCGACCGCAGCGCGCCGCUAUGCGGCCUCGACGUAGCAAAGUCAUUUGCUCAGCUGACUUCGAAGGAGAAAAAGUACGCUCACUACAUCGGUCAGGCUUCGUGGGCUGGUGCGCGCAUCAUCCAGGGCCAAUGGACGCCUCAAGCGGAGAAGCUGUACGACUUGUUGGUCCUCACCCUCAGUGAUAGAGGAAAGCUUGCAGAUCUCGAGGGCUUGAAACAAAGAUCAGCGGUGACCUCGGGUGACUGGGAUGAUCUAAUGCAAUACGCAAGCCAGGUCCUAAGCAACCUAGUAAACUAUAAAUCAUUUGGCUUUACGAAGAUAAUCCCCCGAAUCCCACAAGAGAAGUUUGCCGCAGUGGUGAAGAAUUCUGCUAACGCUUCUGAAGCUAUCCCUUUGUGGGAUGAUCUAAAGGAACAUAUCUAUCAAGUUAUCCCCGAGUCGAGCAACUUCAUUGGGAAGCGCUCUCUUGGCCACGUCUCGAAUUACUAUCUCGGCGAGCCGAUUCUUGACUCUGAAGUUGCCGCAGUCCAAACUGUCGCUGAGAAGAUUGAUGUCGACAUUUUGAACACUCGCGUCAGAAAGGACGGUCCCGAUGCCUUUGCGCUCCUGGUUGCGUCCGCCAAACAACAGGAGAAAGCAUUGCAUGAAUUGAAGUUGGCGGAUAAGAACGCUACCCUUACAGUUGAGUAUGGUGACUUCGCAGUCCCUAUGCAGAGGGCGGCGGAUGCAUUAAAAGAGGCAAGGAAGUAUACCGCCAAUGAUCACCAGGCCGCGAUGAUAGACAAAUAUAUUGAAUCGUUCGAGACUGGGUCUAUUCCUGCGCAUAAAAGUGGAUCCACUGAGUGGGUCAAGGACGUUGGCCCGGUCGUUGAGAAUUAUAUCGGGUUCAUCGAGACCUACGUAGAUCCUUACGGUGGUCGAGCAGAAUGGGAAGGAUUCACUGCAAUUGUCAACAAGACACUCAGCGCUAAAUAUGAUAAACUUGUGGCGCAAGCACCAGAGUUGCUCAAGGUUUUGCCCUGGGGUAAAGACUUUGAAGUUGACGAAUUCAGAAAACCGGACUUCACGGCCCUGGAAAUCGUCACAUUCACUACUGGAGGGAUCCCCGUUGGGAUUAAUAUCCCUAAUUACUAUGAGAUUCGUGAGUCCGUGGGAUUUAAGAACGUCUCUCUAGCGAACAUCCUCGCGGCGAAAGCUCCCAACGAAGAACUCACUUUUGUACAUCCGGAUGACGUUGAGGUUUACAACGCAUGGGACUCGCGUGCAUUCGAGCUUCAAGUCGCCAAUCACGAAUUGCUGGGCCACGGAAGCGGCAAGCUCUUCCAGGAGAAUGCGGAUGGGACGAAGAACUUUGAUCCCGACAAAAUCAUCAAUCCGCUUACUGGGAAGAAAAUCACCUCCUGGUACAAACCGGGCCAAACUUCGGGAUCUGUUCUUGGAGAAGUGUCGUCAUCAAUGGAGGAAUGCCGCGCGGAGACUGUUGCAUUGUAUCUCGUCAGCAACCUGGAUAUCCUCAAGAUUUUCAACUAUGUUGACCAAAAGGACAUCGAAGAUGUCCAAUACAUCACGUUCUUGUUGAUGGCACGGGCUGGAUUGCGAGCGCUCGAGUUCUACGAUCCGGCGACAAAGAAACAUGGUCAAGCGCACAUGCAAGCUCGGCUUGGUAUCACUCAGUUCCUAAUCAAGUCGGGAAUCGCUCACCUGGAGGAGGUUCGUGGAGCAAACGGAACACUUGAGAAUCUCUAUAUCCGAGUCGAUAAGCAGAAGGUCCUAACACAGGGACGAGAGAUCGUUGGCAAACUCCUCGUUGAGUUGCAGGUGCGCAAGAGUACCGCCGAUGGGCCUGGGGCACGUACGUAUUAUACAGAGCUCACGACGCCCCUCCUUGGAUGGGAUGGUGAGAUUAGAGACAUCGUACUUAAGAAAAAGCUUCCUCGAAAAAUCUUCGUGCAGCCCAAUACCUUCAUUGAAAACGGUGAGGUUGUACUGAAGGAGUACCCACUUACACCGGCAGGGGUUAUUGAGAGCUUUAUUGAGAGGAAGCUCUAA